UGUCCCAAUUACGAUCUAGCAGCAGUUAUCUAUUCGAAUGGAUAGAUGGAUUAUCACCCCAACAACGAUUAAACAUGUUGUUGUGUGUUUUGAAAAUGCUAACUGGCACUGUUUCAAAUACCAGCUGCAAUCAUGCUACUCCACUCCUUCACGAAAGUCUAAAUAAUCAUCACAUGCUAGAUUUUACAAUUCAAUCCAAUCAAGUUUUUUCUGCUCCAACAGAUAAAGACCAGAUAUCGAACUCAAUCUCAACAUCAUCAUCAUCAGAAGAAGAAGUGGAGAAACCAAACACAUUGCUAAUUGUAGAAAAUGGAAAACAACGAAAGAAUACAGUGAAGAAUGCUUCAAAAAACAAUAGUUCGACAAAGAUUACAAAAAGGAAUAGAAAUAUUAGAAAAAGAUAUCAAACAUUGGUGCUUUCCUUCUUUAAUGAACCGUUCAAGAUUCAAACGGUGGAAAGUAUGAAAUCGAAAUUUGCCAACAAGGCUUAAUUGUUCUUGUAAAGUUGUACUAAUAAGAAGCAUUAUGAAAAUCAUCGUAAAGCAAAUAAGUUGGAAUGAGAAUAAACAGCUGAAGUUAUACUAAA